UUAAUCCAUGCUAUGACACCAAAAGCCAAAGGUGUAUGUUAAUUUCUGUAAAAUGGAAAUUGAUAUCGAAUUUUGAUUUUUUUCCUGGAAGUAUCUUCUUUUUUAAAAUUAUUUAUUGCAAAUCAACAAUGACUUGACAUAUGAAAUUAUCGAGGAUGAAAAUUCGUCUUUGCAGCGAGAUUUCAUCGUUACCUUCAUGACAUUGAAUCGUUUGAAGAUCUUUACUAAGAUUCCAUUUUUUUUUCUUUUUAACGGCGGUAUUAAUAGACACAGGUUGUUCGUCACAUAAUUCUCAAUAAAUUGACUAGUUAGAAUCAAUGUGAGAAAAGAAGAGAAUAAUAUUCUGCAAUAAUGUGUUCCGCGCGCAUAUCAAAUUUUCCUGGAAUGUUGUAAUACGUGUAUGUGCAACAACAAAGGUAGGUAGACUUUCAAUAAUGCAAAAAUUACAUUUUUAAACUUUGUAUGCAUUACAUGUAUGUAUAUGUUACAGGAAUAUUUUCAAUGAACCCGUUAAUGCUUCCAAUAUCGUACGUUCUGGCGUGUAUACAUAUAAUGUUUCCAUCACGUUCGUCCAGACAAAAUGCAAUAUUCGGAAAAGCUCUCACAUUGGCGGCGCCUAUGGACUCGUUUAUUUAUAGUACGCCACGAUGUCUCGACAUCAGAGUGUAAACAUGUCGGUAGUACCAUGGACUUCAUUUUAUUUUACGAUGUACCUUUCUUUCUUUUUUUCUCCCGCAUGUCUUCUUUUUUUUUUUCUGUUCUUUGCAAUUAUGUCUCCGCACCGGGAAGAACGCGCUUUUUAUCAUAACCGCAAUCCGUGAGACUCCUGGAGAUUACUAAUAACCAAUUCGAGGAAUUGCGAUCGUGCAAACCAACCUUGUCGAGCUUUGAUUUUAUAUCGGCUCUUUCGAAACAUAUCGUUUACUGCAAAGUGACUGAAAAGUCAACGAAUGAAGGAAAUGAAGAAGAAAACGAGGCGACGGUGAUAAAGAAAAAUAAUUAUAUUGGCGCUGACACUAAUUAAGGAAGUAAUGUUUCUGCGGAAAUACAAUGAAGGACAUCUCGUUUCGAGGGUUGUCCUGUAAGCAUCUCUAACCACAUCUCCUAGGAUAUGAAUUUUGUGUAUCUCGGUUUCCUCCACUUCCUAGAUAGAUCCUUCUCGUAUUACACAAAGUUAUCGGAUCACUCUACAUGUUACAAAGUUGUGUUAUUUAGAAAGACUGCAACAUCACUGUUUCAAUUUACAGACUUGUAUUAUCAUAUUCUUAUUCUAUUUUCUGUUUGAAUUCCUACUAUAUCGGCAUUUCUAUUUUCUUCGUUACGCUACGCUUGUGUAAAAUCAAAACGAAAUUAUAAAUGAUAGCUAUCAUGUGAUCGUUCAUAGCUAGCAAACGAAAAUUCCAACGAUUCCUUUUAAUUUACAAGAAGAAAUAAUUGACUUGUUCGAAUAAAUUAUGCAAAUAUCGCGUACAUGUGUAUAUGUGUACAAUGUGGCCCAUUUAAUUACAGUGAAGUGGUAAAUAUUUAAUUGCAUCGAUAUCACGCGCGUUAAACUUAUAUCUUUUUAGAAUGUUAAGAUUAAGAAACUUAGUGGAAAUACUUGGCGUCCUGUAAAUAAACAAUUUAUAUUACGCAAAAAGUGACGGUACAAUUCUAGAUACUCUAUAUGCAAAUAUUCAAACACACGUGUUAUUACAAAUGGAAACAUAACUUCUUAAGUUCUUAUCGUAAAAAAAUUUUUUUAUUCUUUUUUUAAAUAUAUUACCACAUUUAUAUAUUUAUUUGUGAUUAUUUGUCAUUUAUAUAGAAAUGCAAAUUGGUUCGAACAAGUGCUACGCUUUGUAAACAGAAUACACACACACGCGCGCACACACGCA